AGGUAGGUAGCUAUCAUUUCUGUUUUCACUCCUCAUUCAAGUACCAAGGACAAUACUCAAUACUUCGUCAAACUAAGUAUCAAUUUUCUUGGAAUACUCUUCUCUUCACAAGAGCAUUCACUGUCAUACAGAUUGUUAUCCUCCAACUGCACUUUCACCAAAUCUAUUUUGUAUAUCGUGAGCUAUUCAAAGCCCUCUUUCUAUAUUCCCCCCAAUCUGUCAAUCAUACAGGAGCCUGGUUGCUGUCAUUUACGUACUUUCUUCCUCUUUGGUUUUAACAGCCUCAACAUCAUAUUGAUAAUGUUUCGAACACAACUUCUUCGAAAUACAGCUCGUGCUGCCAGAGCUUCAACAAAGGCUACUUUACCUCGCACAUUACCAGCUUUAUCUUCGAGACCGAUCCACAACACAGCUUCCCUUCGUGAGAAGAUUGACGAUCCACCACACGAAGGUUCCUUUGCCCGAACCGACUCCUCUGUGCAUGUCGAGUAUCCAGAAGAGCAUGAAUUGCCAUCCAGUAAACCGGUACAGGGCAGAGGUGGACUCCAUUUCAAGCGUACACUUGCAUCCUUCUCUCUAGAAGGUAGAGUUGGCGUCGUCACUGGAGGUGCCAGAGGUCUGGGACUUGUCAUGAGUCAAGCCAUGGUUAUUAGCGGUGCUGAUAUUGCAAUCGUCGACAUGAAUAGUAUGUGCCAUCUACAAAAUUAAUGGCAACAUUAUGCUAAAAAGACAACAGAGGAGGAAGCCGAAAAGCAAGCAGGAGAACUUGUUGCUUCAUUCAAGAGAGAAAACCCAGGCGCAGAAAAGUAAGAGCUUGAUUCUUUUCCUAACAUGGUAUCACGAAGGCUUACAAAUCGUUUUAGUGUUCCCAAGGUUACCGCUCAUUAUGCAGAUGUCUCUUCCCAAGAAUCUGUCGAUGCUGCCAUUGCCGAAAUUAUCUCUCAGCACGGAAAAAUUGAUAAUUUAGUGACAUCAGCUGGGUUCACAGAGAACUUCGAGGCCAUCAAUUACCCAAUUGACCGAGUACGAAAGCUGUGGGGUGUCAACGUGGAUGGAACAUACUUGUUUGCAAUUGCAGUUGCAAAACACUUGAUGGAGCGUAAGGCUCCGGGAAGUAUGGUGUUUAUCGGCAGUAUGUCCGGUGCCAUUGUCAAUGUUCCACAACCCCAAGCGCCGUAUAACGCAGCCAAGGCUGCUGUCCGACAUCUUGCCUCAUCCUUGGCUGUAGAAUGGGCUCACGCUGGCAUCCGAGUCAACUGCAUCUCCCCCGGAUACAUGCUGACUGCAUUGUAAGAUUGAACCCUAGAAAGACCCCGUGGGGGUGCAAGUUUUUCAUACAGGCCAAUGCUAAUUACGGAAUUCAAUAGAACCAAGAAGAUUUUGGACGAAAACCCGGAUUUGAAGAAGCAGUGGACUUCCCUCAUUCCUCAGGGUAAGAUGGGUCAGCCAGAAGAUCUUAUGGGAGCCGUUACUUUCCUCUCGUCAGAUGCCUCUAAUUACGUUACUGGAGGUAAGAACAUUCUUCUCCUCACAUCCUUUUGAGCCAAUUUGCUGACAAGAUCUGCAGCCGAUUUACGAGUAGAUGGAGGUUACACCCUCACUUAAUGGAUCCUCAUUCUUCAGCCGGCCAUCAAAUAUGUUUAUAGCGCACUUUCUUAUGUUCACAAAAGCAUAGACUUCGAACCCGAGUUGGGGCUGGCUUAUGGCCCCUUCCUUUCCAACUCGGCUUAAUGUAGCAUGAAAAGAUUUAUGAAAUUUCCACAAC